GCGGGGAGGGAGAGAGGGAGGGAGGGAGGAGGAGUUGGCUGAGCUGAGCUGGAAGAGAGAGAGAGGGGAGUGUGAAGGUGGUGUUGGGGGGAGAUUCUGUGCUGCGCUCCGUCUUGUUCAGUUGGCGGCUGCCCGCGUCUCCAGCGGAGGAGAGCAGAGCGCCGGCGCUCUUCUACCUUACCGUCCGUUGAACUUCUUCCGCACCCUACGUAGCCAACAGGGCUAAUCGGAGGUGCGGGGAAAAGAAGAAGAAAAAAACCUCGUCCGCGCACCGCGCCCGGAUGAUGACAGCGGAGAUGGCGAUGACGGCGGGGUCCGUGCUGGCCAGGGUCACUGCUGUCGCGUGCGUCCUGCUGAUGUGCGCCCUGGGAGCGCGGCCAACAGAAGGGCUUGUGUUCAGCGAGAGCCCGCGCAACGUGACGGUGGCGGUGGGCUCCGAGGUGACGCUCAGCUGCCUGGUGAAGAGCCCGGGCCACCCUCCCAUCCGCUGGCUCCACAACGGCGAGAACCUCCCGGAGGGGAAGCUGGGCGCCCACUUCAGCACACACGACUAUGCCGUGUCCAGUGUGGAGCGCCAGCACGUGCAGCUCAAGAGCUCGCUCAAGAUCACGUCAGUGCAGAGGGCCCUGGUUGGUCGCUACCAGUGCGUGGCCGGGGAGUCGGGGGAGGAGGAGCUUUCCGAUGAGGGCUGGCUCAUGGUGGAAGGCCUGCCCAGCUUCACGCAGGAGCCGCGGGAGACGAGCGUGCUGUCCGGCGAGCCCUUCAACCUGACGUGCGUGGCCGUGGGGCCCCCGGAGCCCGUGGUCAUCGCCUGGUACCGCGACGGCAACGACCGCCUCGACGUGGGCCACGCGGCAUCGCCCGCUGUGCUGCUCGUCAACGCCGGAAUCACCAGCACAACGACGUACUCCUGCCACGCUUCCAACGGCAAAGGCACCAGCGUCUCCAGACCGGCGAGGGUCAACGUGAAAGCGCUGCCCGACCCCCCGCUGGCUCUGAGCGUCUCGGCCACGACCGCGCACUCCGUGCAGCUGAGCUGGAGCCUGGGGUUCGACGGACACUCGCCCGUCCACUCCUGCCGCGUCCAGUUUGCCGAGGAGGCCGCCGCCGACGCCGACGAUGAUGCCGUCGGCGACAAGAAUGUCACCAGCUCGGAGGUGGAGAUAGCAGCCUCCUCCUCCUCCUCGCAGGGCCUCACACUGAGCGGGCUGGCAGCCAUGACAGGCUACAGCCUGCGCGUGGCCUGUGCUAACGAGGUGGGGCUGUCCCCGUGGAGUGCGUGGAUCCGCUGCAACACCAGCGAGGGAGUUCCAUCUGCCGCACCCACCGGCCUCGCCAUGGAGUUUGAAAAGGACAUGCUGACCUUCCGCUGGGAUGCCCUUGACUCUGAGCUGACCAACGGGGUGCUGCUCGGAUAUCGGCUGCUCUGCUGGUACAACGACAAGCACUUGGUCAACCUGGACGUGGGGAGGUCAACGCGCGCCGAACUGAACAUCACCGACUUCGUGGGGGGAGGUGGCAACUACACGGCGCGCGUGCUGGCCUACACGGGGGUGGGCGUGGGGCCGCAGGGCCCAGCCGUGUACAUCAGCCUCCCACGCACCGAAGCGACGAGGGAGCCGGCGCGGCCCACGAGCUGGACGGCCAUCGUGGUGGCGUGCGUGGCCACGGUGCUGCUGGGCCUCACCGUCUUAGCCUUGCUGGUGUUGCGCCGGCGCCGCCAGGACACGUUCUUCGGUAACGCGUUCGGCCCCAGUCAGGACUCGGAGCAGCCGCUGGUUCGCUACCACGUCAAGAAGUCCUACUCCAAGAAGUCCAUGAAGGCCACGUUGCAGCGGCUGGGCAUCAGCGAGGAGCUGAACCUCAAGCUGAAGGACGUGAUGCUCGACCGACGCCUGCUGAGCCUUGGCAAGGUGCUGGGGGAAGGUGAAUUUGGAUCCGUCAUCGAGGGGAAGCUCAAGAAACACGGGGACACGGAAGUGAAGGUGGCGGUGAAGACCAUGAAGAUGGACAUCUGCUUCCGAGGGGACAUGGACGACUUCCUGAGCGAGGCCGUGCGGAUGAUGGAAUUCGAUCAUCCCAACGUCAUCCGCCUCCUGGGGGUGUGCAUGUCAGUGGACGAGCAGCGGAGGCUCCCACGGCCCAUGGUGGUGCUGCCGUUCAUGCGGCACGGGGACCUGCACAGCUACCUGCUGCGCUCGCGCAUCGGGGAGAUCCCCGUGUACGUGCCGAUGCAGAUGCUGGUGCGCUUCAUGGUGGACGUGGCACACGGGAUGGAGUACCUCUCCAGCCGACACUUCAUCCACCGCGACCUCGCCGCACGGAACUGCAUGCUGCACGAGGACAUGACCGUGUGCGUCGCCGACUUUGGCCUCUCUAAGAAGAUCUACAGCGGCGACUACUACCGGCAGGGCCAGAUCUCCAAGAUGCCCGUCAAGUGGAUCGCCAUCGAGAGCAUGGCCGACCGCCUCUACACCUCCAAGAGUGACGUGUGGGCGUUCGGCGUGACCAUGUGGGAGAUCGUGACGUGGGGGAAGAUGCCGUACCCGGGCAUCCAGAACCACGAGAUGUAUGAGUAUCUGCUGGCCGGGAACCGCCUCAAGCAGCCGGCGUCCUGCCUCAACGAGCUGUACUCCAUCAUGUGGAGCUGCUGGCUGACGGAGCCCGGCGAGCGGCCCGACUUCUCCUCGCUGCGCCUCUCCCUCGAGGGCCUCCUCGAGGGCUUGCCCCGGCCGGGCGCCAAGGAGGACGUCCUCUACGCCAACAUGGAGCCCUCGGAGGCCCCGGGCGCCGACGGCGGGGCGGAGGGCGGCACGCCGGGGUGGCACGACGUCGCCACGCUGCCCGCGCGCGAGGCCGACGACAAACCGGCGCGCGCGCCCAGGAAGGCUGCGGCGACGGCAACGGCGGCGGCGGCGGCGGCGGCGGCGGGAGGAGGAGGAAGAGCCGGCGGGGCCGACGGCGCGGCAGGCGGAGCGCCGGCGCCCAAGCCGGAGGCCGGAGCCAAGGCGAGGGGGGCCGACGCCUUCCUGGCCGACCCGGGCGACGUUUGCGACGGCGCGGCGCCCCGGUCGGCGUGUUUCCCCGUCGCUUGCGCCGGCGGCGGCGUCGCGCACACCGUGGUGGCGGCGCUGGUGCACAGCGACGCGGAGGAGCGCGCCGCGUCGCGCCGCCCGGCGGCGGCGGCGGCGAAAGCUUUGCCGCCGCCGCCGCCGCCGCCGCUGGACCUCGACCGCUACACGGAGCCGGCAUUCGGGAAGGGAGAGGCGCCGGCGGGCGGCGCCGGCGGGCAGCCCGGCGGGACCGAGGCUGCGAAGCCUUCCCUGCCGAGCCGAGGGGCGUCCGUGGAGGAGGUGGCCGGGGACGAUUAUAGCUUGCUCAUGGUGGAGGAGCGGGACUUGGUACGGACUGGGAACGACGUGGAAGAGGACGUCGCGAGCAAGCAGCAGAGAUGAAGGAUCGCCGUUGCGCUGGUCGCGGUUGGCUCUAGCUACUUCGCAUUUCGCGAGCCUUGCUUACGCUUUAUUUAAGACGCCAGCGUAGGACACACGUUUCUCUCGUUUUGCGAAACUGCCUUUUUUCUAACUUUUUACACAUUAAAGUUGUGCGGUUACUUGAAGCUCCACUGAACCACUAGUUCGUUUAUCUGGGCCGAUCCCUUCGUGAAACCUUCCUUCACUGUGGACAUUUCUGAGCUGACCUGUUGUAACUGACUUAAUGCAAUGGUUGAACUUCCAGUCCACCUAUGCAUCUUCUCAUUCACUAUUCCACCAGUAGACUGCCGGAUUUAUACGGUUCACUGCCAGUUGAUAACGUGUUUUCUUGAUAACCGGGUAACCCUUUUGUACGUCGGAUGCUGAAAAAGUCAGUCCACUCUGGAAUUUCGUUCCACCUGUGGCCAAUGUCCUUUUAAAGUCAAUUUUACCGAGAGCAUUAUUACAAGCGGGAUGGGAGCGGUGGCACAUUGAUUAGUGCAUUGCGCUCUGAAUCUGCCAAUCUGAGCGAUAUCUGAAGCAGUGUGACUCCCAUCCUUAACCAUCCUGCACUGACCAGCGUGGUGAAGUAUGGUCAAGCACCACCCACUGCUGACAUGGUAUUGGGAGGCCUUCAUCCAGCAGUAGGUUGAUUAAGCGCGGUACACUUUAUUAUAAAUGCAUUUGGAUAACGAGCGAUAUCUGCAACUGUUCGGGAAAUUGUGCCUUUAUAUGUGUCGUGAUCCAUAGUUCAACAGUCCCAAAUUAUCCAGUGUUGUCCAAUGGAUAUUACUCAUCCCCUGACACGGGAAUGUGGAAUUUCCAUCACUUGGCUCAGGGCUGCCAGAAGGAGAUAAAGUACUGCACAUCGUUCUUGCCUGAGCAAGAACUGUUCUUAAACUUUUUAAAGCUUACAAUUCAUUGUAGUCGAAUUUAUCAGCGAGGGUCCAAAUUUCAGCUGUACGGAGAAAGCGUUGGCGAGUAUUCGCGUAUCGAUCUGUAACCCACGUGUUUGUAUUCCCCAAGCUGUUAUCGUGAUAGCUGAGCUAUCACUCCGAGUACAGUGACGAGCAAACGCUCGGAAGAAAUUUUGCACGAAGGUAUUUCGCGUUGCGCAAGAACGACUUUAAAAUAACGUAAAUCCGGAUAUUAUGAAGGUU